ACACAACGAUCCGAUCGGGGACACGAUCUGUUUGUUGAUCCCGACGUUCCGUUUAGGGUGCACGGAGUGAGGAUGAAGACAUUUUUAGAUGAGUGGCUGUGGCAGCAGGAGUACUGGCUUCCUCCUGGAAUCAGCUGGCAGGAUAUGGAGAUGAUGGAGGAUGAAGGCCGCUACCCGCUUCCCAAGGAUUUGAUCUACACCUUUCCACUAGCCAUCGGUUUUAUAGCUUUCAGAUAUGUCUUUGAGAGGCUCAUCGCUGUCCCAUUAAGCAAACGCUUAGGAGUGAAGGACCAGAUUCGGAUUCGAGCCGCACCUGUCCCAAAGCUUGAGGCCUUCUACAGACAUAGCAACCGUCAACCCUCACAGAGUGAGGUUGUGAGCCUGGUGAAACAAUGUGGACUCCCCCAGAAAAAGAUCCAGACCUGGUUCAGACACAGGCGGAACCAGGACCGACCGAGCAACACCAAAAAAUUCUGCGAGGCCUCCUGGAGAUUUGUCUUCUACCUUAUAGCAUUUACAGCAGGACUCUGCAGUUUAAUCAACACAGCAUGGUUCUGGGAUCACAGAGAAUGCUGGAGGGGUUACCCCAAACAGCCGAUGUCUGAGACUCAUUACUGGUAUUAUAUCUUGGAACUGAGCUUCUAUUUGUCGCUGCUUCUGUGUGUUUCUGUGGACGUUAAGCGAAAAGAUUUCAAGGAGCAGGUAAUCCAUCACAUUGCCACUAUAUUCCUCAUCAGUUUUUCCUACUGUGGCAACUAUGUGAGGGUUGGCACGCUGGUGAUGCUGGUGCACGAUUCCUCAGACUUUCUCCUCGAGUCAGCAAAGAUGUUCCACUAUGCUGGCUGGACGAGGACGUGUGACUCUCUCUUUGUUGUUUUUGCUCUGGUCUUUCUGGUCACCAGGCUGGUGGUCUAUCCUUGCAGAGUGGUCCACACCACCUUAGUGGUGUCCCGAGAAUUCUUCCAACCUUUCUUUGGUUAUUACUUCUUCAAUAUUCUCCUGUUAAUACUGCAAGCACUGCACAUCUUCUGGGCUUAUCUCAUCCUGCGCAUGGUGUGCAAGUUUGUGUUCCUGGGCAAGGUGGAGAAGGAUGAACGCAGCGAUGAAGAGAGUGAGGUGGAUGACAAUGAUGAAGAAGAAGAGGAUCCUGAAGAAGUAGGGGAUGAGUGCAGCUGGAACCACAGAAAUGGUUCGGUUAAUUCUAAACUGCCAUCGCUGGCUAAUAACUGUGUCCUUAACAACCUGACCACCCAGAGGAAUAUGAACAGCAGGCUUCCCAAAGCCAGAUAACCGAACAGUCGAGGACAAACAUUUACCUUUACAAAGGUCGCUCAUUUUUUACAUGAUACGUAUGGCUUGUGUACAUCCAACAGAGUCCAUUCAUAACUUCACAUCAUAGUAGGUCUGAAUUCUGCAAACAGUAUCUUCACAGAAACAGAUCAUAGAGCUAAUUUUAAAUCUGUAAACCCAUUGUGUUCAUCAUAGGAAAAUGUGCUGUCAUCACCUAAAUCCUUGUAUACUGUUAAGAAAAAUACAUGUAAUACAAAAAGAAAAAAAAAUUCCUUCCUUCCAUAUUUUUUCACUGCUUUUUAAUAUCCUAGAAUACAAAUAGCUGUUAAACAUAUGGUAUAAAUCACUAGUCUUAUCUCUGACUACAAGAAAACAAAACUAAAAUGUUAGAAGAGCAAAGUGUUAUCGAAUACGUUAUUUAAAACGAGCUGACUAAAGUUGGAAUUAAAACUCACAAGUCAUCUUUGUACUUGAUUAAUUGU